AUGUCCACCGCAAUUCGUAAGUCUAAUCGAUCGAGAAAGCCCACUUUAAAGGCGAUGACUAACAAUUUACUAGUUUCACAACCAGACGCAAAAACAAAAACACACCCAGAGCAGAGCCAUGAGUCACAUACGUUGAAGAGAAGAAAGGAUGAAACUAGCGACCAGGAACACCUACAGACUUCGAAGCGGAGGAAGAGUUCAAAUGUGGAGGAAUUUGAGCAAGCGCGCGUGGCUAGUGUGGACAACAGCAAUGCCUGCUUGUAUACACCUACACCACACUUUCUCCUGGAUUUGGAAUCCGAAGUGGAGGAAGAAUCUAGACGCAGAAGCUUGCAGAGUAUAAACCAAUUGCAAGAUAGCUGCAACUCCAUUUUGCCAUUUAGUUUUGCCCUUCCGCAGCCUCAGGACGACGACGACGACGAGGAGUAUGAAGACGAAGACGAAGACGACGAGCCAAUUGAAAUUGAGUCUGUAGACUUUACCAAGAUUUUGCAUGAUAACAUUCGAGAGUAUUACCGGAAAAAGGGCCAGAAUCAGUAUAAGGACUCGUUUGCAUUGCUAAAUACCAAGAAUCAACCGGUUGAUUUGAACGAGGAGGAACUGAGACGGGCCGAGGAAGAUUGCAGCAGGAAUGUCAAGCAGGUUCCAUUUUUCAAAAAUGUCAAUUUUGGCAGAUCUAGAGACUAUACUAUUGAGGACUUUGUCAACUACGACAAUGAAGAAGAAGAGGCAGAAGAGGCAGAAGAGGCAGAAAAAAAAGAAAACCAAUCGAGCCAGCUUGCCGAGAUACCACGCGAGAUUGGAAACGAAGUUUCACCGGCCUCAUCCGCAUCGAUUGCGCCGGAGAUUGACGAUGAAGACCCACACUCCCACUCGAUAUCACCAGUAUCAUCUCCCACAGCAUCCAACUCACAAGUUUCAUUGUCGGUGCCGUCGACGGCCCCCUCGUCAACAACAACAUCACCUUCGCUAUAUAUACCCAAGAUUAACAAUUUCGGCCGCUACAGUUUCUACAAUAAUCACCACCACCACCAUUACCACCACCACCUAAACCAGCCACUUAGCCGGGUGUCUACUCCAGGAACCUGUUGUGGCAAUGACGAUUAUUUCUUGUCCAAGGCACUCAAAAAGCACAGUUUGUACACGGGUAAAGCCAGAGAGAUGGUUUCAACGGGGAACUUUAUGCUUAACGAUUUCCUCUUGUGA